UUGACCCUCUUCUGUAUGUGCUGAAAUGUCUGCUUUCAGGUUUCCAUCACGAUUAAAGACGCUUUCUAACUUUUUGAUAUUUUGUUGUUAAUAAUUACUGUAUGUGUGAUGAGGUAUAACUUAUUUUAAUGACCACUUUCACAUCGUGGGUUAAUACAAAGUUGAGGGGGAGUGACAAUCGUUGAGAGUUUAGUUCAGUUCAAAUGAAAACUAUUUUUACAUCUUUUUAAUUAGAGAGGAUGGGAGGUAUCUAGGUCAAAGGACAAUGUAUAGAAAUUCCUGUAAAUCGAGUAGUAAUUAUAUAAACAGGGUUUCUAUCAUUUGUAUCUAAUUUCAUGUUAGUUUUUAUUUUAUCUCUUAGUAACAUGAGUUGUUGGAAUGUGCCUGUUUUAGUGACACCUUCGGGGGAUGUGAUUUACAGGAAUAAGCCAAAUUCCUGUAAAUCGAGUAGUAAUUAUAUAAACAGGGUUUCUAUCAUUUGUAUCUAAUUUCAUGUUACAGUUUUUAUUUUAUCUCUUAGUAACAUUUGUUGUUGGAAUGUGCCUGUUUUAGUGACACCUUCGGGGAUGUGUUUAGAAGCUGUUUUCCACACUUUUUGUUUAGAAAACUUUUUGUUUUUUUUGUUUAGAAAACUAUUUCAUAUAAAUAUGCAGCUUGUCAUGAAUGAUAAUUGCGCUCAACGACAAAAAAAAGUCAAUCCUCACUGCAUAAAGAAUAACAUCACACAUGAGGGUAGUCAUUGCCUCGGUGGAACUCGGGGAGACGCUGUUCUGUCUGGCGCACAAUUGUAUAUGUAUGAUUGUAUUGCUCAUCCUGAGCAAUACCAGAGCCCGUCAUUCUCUGGCAAUACAUACAUACCCCUGUAGUGCUCAAGAGUACCCCUAGGGGUACGUGUACUCCAAUUUGCUCAUCGAUGUUGUUUUCCAGCAGUUACGGUAAUAUACCGGAAGAGGCCAUUGUGCGCUUGUCGCUUAGGGAUAAAUCUCCAUCACAGGGUUCCGUUUGAUAUCAAUAACUGUUACUUCUCGCCGGUAGUCAGGUAAAAUAGGUUACUAAACAUGUCAACGUGCACUUCAACGUUGGAAGAACAGCUGUCGUCCAUUAUGGACGUACUUGCGAAAUCGGCUGUAUCUGAAAUUAGCCAACUGUUCUCGGAAGGGUCGGCUUGUCUUCGCUUAGAAAUAACUCAGAGCCGCAAAGAAAACGAAUUGCUGAGGACGAGGAUGAAGGAGAUGGGGAGUGAACUGUUUUCUUUGCGGCUUCAAACAAGAUCGAAUGCAUCGCGUGCGGCAAGUCGUUUUGCCCUGACUCGAGCCAACAUCAGCAAACCACGGACUAAAUCACUGGGAAAUGGCCUAAAACCCCUGAUGGACCACAAGGCGGUUGGACAUUCCCCUUUUCAUUCACCAUCCAAAAGUGAGGCUUCCUCAGUUACAAGUCCAGCAGAGCAGGAGACCCCCAACAUCAUUUUAAUCAAGAUUGAAGAGGAUAUUGGGGGAUGCAGGCCAGCAAAAGACUGUGAUGCCUUUGGAGACCGCAGCACGCAGAGCGCAGCCACCUUGGAGAGUCUGCCUGUGGACACCCCGGGCUCCUCCCACGUGUCCAGUCAAAACGCGGCGCUACGGAUCCUGAGUGUCCACGCACAAGGGGGGGGGCAACUAGUGGUGGAAGGCCAUGACACCCUCUUCACCGCUGCCGAAGUGGAGUCUCUGAACUCGCUGUCUGCGGACUGCAGUGUGGCCCAGAGCCUGGACUGUGGCAAGCGGUUAGAUUGCCGCAAGCAGCUGGCUGUUCAGCAGGAGACCCAAGACACCAUUUUAAACGAGGAGGAAGAGGAUAUUGGUGGAUGCAUCCCACCUGUAGAAGACUGCAAUGACAUUAGAGACUGCAGCACACAGCCUGGCGCCUCCUCGGAUAGUCUGCAUCCCGAUGCCCCUGGCUCCUCCCACAUGUUCAGUCCAGUUCACUCCAGGGAGAAACCCUACAGGUGUGAGCAAUGCAUGAAGGGCUUCAAACGGCGCUACGAACUGAAGACCCACAUGAGGAUUCACUCCGGGGAGAAGCCUUACAGGUGUGACCAAUGCAUGAAGCGCUUCAGUCAGAGCUUCAACCUGAAAAUCCAUAUGAGGAUUCACUCCAGUGAGAAGCCGUACAGGUGUGACCAAUGCAAGAAGGGCUUCAAACGGAGCUACGACCUUAAGAUCCACAUGAGGGUUCACUCCGGGGAGAAGCCCUACAGGUGUGACCAAUGCAUGAAGCGCUUCAGUCAGAGCUUUAGCCUGAAGAUCCACAUGAGGAUUCACUCCAGGGAGAAGCCCUACAGGUGUGACCAAUGCAUGAAGAGCUUCAGUCAGAGCUGCCACCUGAAGAUCCACAUGAGGAUUCACUCCAGGUAGAAGCCCUGCGUGUGUCUCAAGUGCAAAGCCAGCUUCAGCGACCUGAGACAUUUGCUAAACAUGUCACCGUCCGGCUCAACUAUGGAAGAAAAGCUUUCAUCCAUAAUGGACGUACUUGCGAAAGCGGCUGUAUCUGAAAUUAGCCAACUGUUCUCGGAAGGGUCGGCUACUCUUCAGUUACAAAUCACUCAGAGCCGCGAGGAAAACGAAGCGCUGAGGACGAGGAUGAAGGAGAUGAGGAGUGAGCUGUUUUCUCUGCGGCUUCAAACAAGAUCGAAAGCAUCGGGGGCGGCAAUUCGUUUUGCCCUGACUCGUGACAACAUCUGCAAACCAGAGACUACAUCACUGGGAAAUGGCCUGAAACCCCUGAUGGACCACAAGGCGGUUGGACAUUCCCCUUUUCAUUCACCAUCCAAAAGUGAGGCUUCCUCAGUUACAAGUCCAGAGCAGGAGACCCCAAACAUCAUUUUAAUCAGGAUUGAAGAGGAUAUCAGUGGAUGCAAGCCAGCAGAAGACUGCGAUGCUUUUGGAGACCGCAGCACCCAGAGCGGAGUCACCGUGGAGAGUCUCCAUGUGGACGCCGCUGGCUCCUCCCACGUGUCCAGUCAAAACGCAGAGCUACGGAUCCUGAGUGUCCACGCACAAGGGGGGGGGCAACUGGUGAUGGAAGGCCAUGACACGCUCUUCACCGCUUCCGAAGUCGAGGCCCUGAACUCGCUGUCUGCGGACUGCAGCGUGGCCCAGAGCCUGGACUGUGGCGAGCGGAUGGAUUGCCGCAAGCAGCUGGCUGUUCAGGAGACCCAAGACAACUUUUUGAACGAGGAGAAAGAGGAUAUUGGUGGAUUCUGGCCCCCUGUAGAAGACUGCAGUGACAUUAAAGACUGCAGCACACAGCACGGUGCCGCCUCGGAUAGUCUGCAUCCCGAUGCCCCUGGCUCCUCCCACAUGUUCAGUCCAGUUCACUCCAGGGAGAAACCCUACAGGUGUGAGCAAUGCAUGAAGGGCUUCAAACGGAGAAGCGAACUGACGACCCACAUGAGGAUUCACUCUGGGGAGAAGCCCUACAGGUGUGACCAAUGCAUGAAGCGCUUCAGUCAGAGCGGCCACCUGACGAUGCACAUGAGGAUUCACUCCAGGGAGAAGCCCCACAGGUGUGACCAAUGCAUGAAGCACUUCAGUCAGAGCUGUAGCCUGAAGAAGCACAUGAUGAUUCACUCUGGGGAGAAGCCCUACAGGUGUGAUCAAUGCAUGAAGCGCUUCAGUCAGAGCUUUAGCCUGAAGAUCCACAUGAGGAUUCACUCCACUGAGAAGCCCUACAGGUGUGACCAAUGCAUGAAGAGCUUCAAACGGAGCUACGACCUGAAGAUCCACAUGAGGGUUCACUCCGGGGAGAAGCCCUACAGGUGUGACCAAUGCAUGAAGCGCUUCAGUCAGAGCAUUAGCCUGAAGACCCACAUGAGGAUUCACUCCAAGGAGAAGCCCUAUAGGUGUGACCAAUGCAUGAAGGGCUUCAGUCAGAGCUGCCACCUGAAGAUCCACAUGAGGAUUCACUCCAGGUAGAAGCCCUGCGUGUGCCUCAAGUGCAAGGCCAGCUUCAACGACCCGAGACAUUUGCAAGAUUGUGACGCCUUUGGAGAACGCAUCUCGCAGAGCGGAGCCACCUUGGAGAGUCUGCAUGUGGACGCCCCUGGCUCCUCCCAUGUGUCCAGUCAAAACACGGAGCUGCGGAUCCUGAGUGUCCACCGACAAGGGGGGGGGCAACUAGUGGUGGAAGGCCAUGACACCCUUUUCACCGCAUCCGAACUGGAGGCCCUGAACUCUCUGUCUGCACAUAACAGCGUGGCCAAGAGCCUGGACUGUGGAGAGUGGUUGGAUUGCCGCAAAGAGCUGGCUAUUCAGGAUACCCCAGACAACAUUUUGAUCAAGGAGGAAGCGGGUAUUGGUGGAUGCAUCCCUCCUGUAGAAGACUGCAAUGACAUUAGAGACUGCAGCACACAGCCUGGCGCCACCUCGGAUAGUCUGCAUCCCGAUGCCCCUGGCUCCUCCCACAUGUUCAGUCCAGUUCACUCCGGGGAGAAGCCCUACAAGUGUGACCAAUGCAUGAAGCACUUCAGUCAGAGGAGCCACCUGAAGUCCCACAUGAGAAUUCACUCCAGGGAGAAGCCCUACAGGUGUGACCAAUGCAUGAAGUGCUUCAGUCAGAGCAUUAGCCUGAAGUCGCACAUGAGGAUUCACUCUGGGGAGAAGCCCUACAGGUGUGAGCAAUGCAUGAAGUGCUUCAGUCAGAGCAUUAGCCUGAAGACCCACAUGAGGACUCACUCCGGGGAGAAGCCCUACAGGUGUGACCAAUGCAUGAAGUGCUUCAGUCAGAGCUGCCACCUGAAGAGCCACAUGAGGAUUCACUCCGGGGAGAAGCCCCACAGGUGUGACCAAUGCAUGAAGGGCUUCGGUCAGAGCUCCGACCUGAAGACCCACAUGAGGAUUCACUCCGGGGAGAAGCCCUACAAGUGUGAUCAAUGCAUGAAGGCCUUCAGACAGAACUCUAACCUGAAAGUCCACAUGAGGAUUCACUCCAAAGAGAAGCCCUACAGGUGUGACCAAUGCAUGGAGGAAUUCAGACAGAACUCUAACCUGAAAGUCCACAUGAGGAUUCACUCCAGAGAGAAUCCCUACAGCAGGGCUAUUCAACCUCCUUACUCCUCCCACGUGUCCAGUCAAAACGCGGAGCUGAGGAUCCUGAGUGUCCGCGGACUGGCCGUGGAAGGCCAUGAAACCCUGUUCAACGUGUCCGAAUUGGAGGCCCUAAACUCGCUGUCUGCAGACUGCAGCGUGGCCAAGAGCCUGGACUGUGGCGAGCGGUUGGAUUGCCGCAAGGAGCUGGCUGUGCAGAAGGAGACCCCAGACAACAUUUUGAUCAAGGUGGAAGAGGAUAUUGGUGGAAGCAUCCCACCUGUAGAAGACUGCAAUGACAUUAGAGACUGCAGCACACAGCCUGGUGCCACCUCGGAUAGUCUGCAUCCCGAUGCCCCUGGCUCCUCUCACAUGUCCAGUCACAAGUUCAGUCGAGUUCACUCCCUGGAGAAGCCCUACAGGUGUGACCAAUGCAUGAAGGGCUUCAAACGGAGCUACGACCUGAAGAUCCACAUGAGGAUUCACUCUGGGGAGAGGCCUUACAAUCAAAACACGGAGCUGCGGAUCCUGAGUGUCCACCGACAAGGAGGGGGGCAACUAGUGGUGGAAGGCCAUGACACCCUUUUCACCGCAUCCGAACUGGAGGCCCUGAACUCUCUGUCUGCACAUAACAGCGUGGCCAAGAGCCUGGACUGUGGCGCGUGGUUGGAUUGCCGCAAGGAGCUGGCUGUUCAGGUUGAAAAUUCCCCUACUCAUUUACCAUCCAAAACAGACUGCAAUGACAUUAGCACACAGCAAGGCGCCACCUCGGAUAGUCUGCAUCCGGACGCCCCUGGCUCUUCCCACAUGCCCAGUCACAAGUUCGGUCCACCUCGAUCCAGGAAGAAGUCCUACAGGUGUGACGAAUGCAUGAAGGUCUACAGUUCGGGCUUUAGCCUGAAGAUCCACAUGAGGAUUCAUUCUGGGGAGACGCCCUACAGGUGUGACCAAUGCAUGAAGGGCUUCAGGCGGAGCUACGACCUGAAGCAGCACAUGAGUAUUCACUCAGGGGAGAAGCCUUACAGGUGUGACCAAUGCACGAAGCGCUUCAAUCAUAGCUGUAGCCUGAAGAUCCACAAGAGGAUUCACUCCGGGGAGAAGCCCAGCGUGUGUCACCAGUGCAAUGUCAGCUACAAUCGCGCCAGCAGUUUGCGUCGCCACAUGUCCAAGCAGCACAAGGACCGCAGCACCCAGAGCGGAGUCACCGUGGAGAGUCUCCAUGUGGACGCCGCUGGCUCCUCCCACGUGUUCAGUCAAAACGCGGAGCUGCGGAUCCUGAGUGUCCACGGGCAAGGGGGGGGGCAACUGGUGUUGGAAGGCCAUGACACCCUCUUCACAUCUUCCGAAGUCGAGGCCCUGAACUCGCUGUCUGCGGACUGCAACGUGGCUAAGAGCCUGGACUGUGAAGACUGCAAUGACAUCAGAUACUGUAGCACACAACGCAGCGCCACCUCGGAUAGUCUGCAUCCGGACACCCCUGGCUCCUCCCACAUGUCUAGGCACAAUGGGGAGCUGCGGAUCCUGAGUGUCUGUGGACAAGGGGUGGGCCGGCUGGGGCUGGACAGCCAUGACACCCUCUUCACCGCAUCCGAAGUGGAAGCCCUAAGCUUGCUGUCCGUGGACCACAGUGUGGCCAAGAGCCUGGACUGCGGCAAGCGGCUUGUCCACUGUGAGGAGCAAACUGGCCCUCGGGGCGGUCGCAAGGGCCGGCCCUGUGUCUUCUGUGGCAAGGUUUUUCCCAACGCUUCCAAGAUGACCAUCCAUAUGCGUAUACACACCAGCGAGAAGCCCUACAGGUGUGACCAAUGCAUGAAGCGCUUCACUCAGAGGUGCCACCUGAAGAUCCACAUGAAAGACUGUGAUGCCUUUGGAGACCGCAGCACGACAAGCGCAGCCACCUCGGAGAGUCUGCCUGUGGACAGCCCUGGCUCCUCCCACGUGUCCAGUCAAAACGCAGAGCUGCGGAUCCUGAGUGUCUUUGGACAAGGCGGGGGGAAACUGGUGGUGGAAGGCCAUGACACCCUCUUCACCGCUUCCGAAGUGGAGGCCCUGAACUCGCUGUCUGCGGACUGCAGCGUGGCCCAGAGCCUGGACUGUGGUGAGCGGUUGGAUUGCCGCAAGGAGCUUGCUGUGCAGGAGACCGCAGACACCAUUUUGAUCAAGGAGGAAGAGGAUAUUGGUGGAUGCAUACCCCCUUUAGAAGACUGCAAUGACAUGAGAGAGUGCAGCACACAUCGCAGCGCCACCUCGGAUAGUCUGCCUCCCGACGCCCCUGGCUCCUCCCACAAGACCCACAUGUCCAGUCACAACGGGGAGCUGCGGAUCCUGAGUGUCCACGGACAUGGGGGGGGCCAACUGAUGGUGGACGGCCAUGACACCCUCUUCAGCGCGUCCGAGGUCGAGGCCCUCAGCUCUCUGUCCGUGGACCACAGUGUGGCCAAGAGCCCGGAUUGCGGCGAGAGGCUCGUCCACUGUGAGGAGCUGACUGGGCAUCGGGGCGGCCGCAAGGGCCGGCCCUGUGUCUUGUGUGGCAAGGUUUUUCCCAACGAUUCCAAGAUGACCAUCCACAUGCGUACCCACAGCAGCGAGAAGCGCCACAGGUGCGACCAAUGCAUGAAGCGCUUCAGACGGAGCUACGACCUGAAGAUCCACAUGAUGAUUCACUCCGGGGAGAUGCCCUACAAGUGUGACCAAUGCAUGAAGGGCUUCAGACGGAGCUGCGACCUGAAGAUCCACACGUGGAUUCACUCCGGGGAGAGGCCCUACAAUUGUGACCGAUGCAUCAAGGGCUUCAGACGGAGCUACGACCUGAAGAUCCACAUGAGGAUUCACUUCAGGGAGAAGCCCUACAAGUGUGACCAAUGCAUCAAGGGCUUCAGACGGAGCUGCGACCUGAAGAACCACAUGAAGACUCACUCCGGGGAGGUGCCCUAGGGUGUGACCAAUGCAUGAUGGGGUUCUGCCGGAGCUCCAGCAUGAAGAUCCACAUAAGGAUUCAAUCCAGGGAGAAACGACAGUGUUACCCCUUAUGUUUCAUUUGAUAAAAACGACAGUGUUACCCCUCAUGUUUCAUUUGAUAAAAACGACAGUGUUACCCCUUGUGUUUUUUUUCAUGACGACCAAAGAAAAACAACAGUGUCACCCCCUAUGUUUUAUUCGAUGAAUAUCGACAGUGUUUUUCCCUUAUAUUUAUUUCAUGACGGCCAAUAAAAAACGACAGUUACCCCUCAUGUUUUCCAAUAAAAAACGACAGUGGCACCCCUGUCGACGUUUUUGCAGGGAUCGGAUCAUGAGCUGUUUAGAGUGUUAACCUCCAAACUUAACAAUGCACCAUCAAGACACCGGUUAAAGUCAUCACAAAGGUUAUACUUGACUUUAUAAUUCACAUGAAAUAGAGAAAAGGAACUUCCAACAGAGGUCAUCAACCCGACUUGAACCCCGGUCUCCGGGGGGUCAGGCAGAGUGCACCCCACUGCACCACUGAGGCGAUUGCAAUUCGCAAUAAUCAAUCAUGAUUAAACAUGAUAUACAUGACAUUAAAAUGUAUGUUUGUAUUUCUAUUAUUUCCCUUAUGGUUUUUUUCAAGACGACAAAUAAUAAACAACAGUGUUACCCCUUAUGUUUUUUUUCAUGACGACCAAAAAAAACAACAGUGUUACCCCCUUUAUGUUUUUUUUCAUGACGACCAAUAAAAAACAACAGUGUUACCCCUUAUGUUUUUUUUCAUGACUACCAAUAAAAAAAGGAACAGUGUUACCCCUUAUGUUUUUUUUCAUGAUGACCAAUAAAAAAAGGAACAGUGUUACCCCUUAUGGUUUUUUUCGUGACUACCAAAGAAAAACGACAGUGUCACCCCUCAUGUUUCAUUUGAUAAAAACGACAGUGUUACACUGUCGUUUUUUAUUGGCCGUCAUGAAAAAAAACAUAAGGGGUAACACUGUCGUUUUUAUUGGUCGUCAUGAAAUAAACAUAAGGGGUAACACUGUCGAUAUUUAUCAAAUAAACAUAGGGGGUAACACUGUUGUUUUUCUUUGGUCGUCAUGAAAAAAAACA